UUUAUAAACACAACUCGCACUCCUUCUCCCCCUCUCAUAUCCCCUCGCUCCCUUUGCGUCGUUCUGCUGUCACUAUUGCUGCUGCUGCUGCUGCUGCUGCUGCCCUCGCUGCCUUUGCUAAGCCCUUGACUGCUCUCUCGCCGAUCACCCCUGACUCCACGCCCCUCCACUAAAACACCCCCACUUCCACCGUGCUCCAGUGCGCUGCGCAACGCUGCGUUCUUGGCCCAAGUAACACGUUACUUCUACAAAAUUCGUAAUCUCUCGGGAGACGUUCUCUGCCCUCUCCCACACGCUUGAACGGUCUCGGCUUUCACGGACGACCCUUCAAUUGAGCAGCGGUUGGUGUACGAGCGUCGUGUGUGCACAGAGAUCCCUUACGGUGACGCUGUUCGGACGCUUUCCUCGCGGUUUCGGUGCACCCUUUGUCCUUUGGUCACGGUACUGCUAUUCCUGCUGCAGCUGGUUUACUACCGAGCACUGCCGCCUUUCCCUCCCUCGGGCUUGCCUGUGGUCGCGACUCAUUUCAGCGACUUUUAAUUAACCGUUGCUUGCAAACAGUCGUCAGCAACCAUGUCAAUGCUUCUUCGUCGUCACGGACGCUCUUCGGAAGCACUUUCUGCGGGUCAAAGUUCUGCCGUUGGUAUGGACGCUUAUGUGCAGAUGGAAUCACCACCGUGCGUGAUGUACGGCCCGCCAGCAACGUCCACAGGCUCGAUAGCCAGUGGUUUGCUGGUGGCCGACGUAAAGGUUCCGUUGCUGGACGUCGAAGUCGUCAAUCUCGAACUCAUCAAGAAGCAGACGAACAAACGGUCGCCGCACCUCAGCUGUCCUCACUGCUGUAAAAACGUCGAGCGGCUCCAAGUAUGGCAGUUCGUAAGUGCCCGCACCUCCCUCACCAAGGGCAAGACGACAUGGCCUUUCAGUGCUCUUAUUCCCGGCCACAUGCCACACUCGUUCGAAUGCUGUACGGUGAAGGUCGAGUACUAUUUCAAGGCCACCUUCAUUUUCUCGCCUACAUCGAAGCUGGAGAAGCGACACCCCAUCGAAAUUCGCCGGUCAAUCCUUCCCUCGACGCCCAAGUCCUUCCAGCGCUUGUUUCCGCCAACGUCACUGAACGUGACACUGCAAACGCCCAAUGUCGUGCAUCCUUCCAGCUAUAUUCCCGUCACAUUCCAGCUCACCGGCUUCAAGGAGCCAAACAGUUCCACCUCAUGGGCUGUUUCCCGCAUAUCCUGGCGCAUAGAAGAACGAAUCAAGACUACAAUCCGCUCGUGUCACGGCCACGACGAUGCCGACAAAGUCCACACGUACCAGGACACGCGCAUUCUCGGCACCAACGACUACAAACGCGGCUGGAAAAUCGAUAACGACCGUUUACUGUUCGAGUUGCCCCUUUCGUUCGCACUCGACGCACGCUACGUGUGCGACUUGCGGUUAAACUGCGGAAACACCGAGCUCGACAUCUCCCACUGUCUUGUGCUGGAAUUGGUAAUGAUAGAGGUCGUUGGUUCGCAACCCGUGGACUCCAACGCACGCUUGCUUCGCAUGAAGGUGAAGCUCGUGGUCACAACACAACCAGGGCUCGGUGUCAGCUGGGACGAAGAGUGUCCACCGCUGUUCGACAGUGUGGGUCCAAGCCCACCUUGUUAUGAUGAAGUCGUCGAGAGCCCGACGAACGAAAGCCCGCGCGAACCUAGUGCACCAAACGCCAUGUGCAACUGUCCAUGCCCAUAAAGUUCUCUUCAUUGGUGAUGCUUUUUCCUGUGCCUCACCUUGCCUUAUUUUCAUGAUCCAUUUGUCAUUAUUCAACAAAUGACAGACGCAUAGUUAUGCUCUCCGACUUUCCUCUUACAACUUCUGUUGCAUUCCCUUGGUUUCUCAAAUCUGGUAAUAGUUCUUAUUUCUUCUUCUUUUUUUUAUUUCGACUUGUUUUUCCUUUACUUCUUCUACUCAACUUCAAUUCCAACAAUGGUUUCUAUUGCUGUGUCUCUUUAAUAAGAUGGGUUGCUUCCGUUAAACGCUUCGACAUGAGUAUAUUCUUGACAAAUACUGAAAGCGAAUGACACCCUUACCAUUUCUAUAAUAUAUUUCUUCUUUCUCUUCAUUUAUUAUUUUCGAUGCGCAAUGCACUCGGGUGCUGUCCACUUGUUUGACUCAACUCUUCUCUUGAUAUGUGUACCACGAAUUACUUAUAAGUUUCUUUUGGCGAUAACCUCCUUCGCAUAUAUAUCUGCUAAACGCACUGGUUCAGGAACGCGCGAAUGGAUUCCGCUACACAAUGUAACGACAGCAACAGCCGCUGGAAGUGAAAUUUUAUGCCCUAUACUGACGUAUACGGGCCGCGUUGCAUGUGGGCUUGUCCACACAGCCAUCCCAAUCGGCUUGUCCCCGUACCCGAUUUCUGGCAAUGCCCUCAAUGGCAUGGGGUGUUGUGGCCCCAUCGUGGACAAAUGCUGCUGGAUGUGGACUCGGUGAGCUUUCAAAUCUUCAUUCAAACUCGGAGCACAAAAAUAGUUUUUUGCAACUCCUAUAGUUGGCUUAUUUGUCAUAACACCAAUGUGACAAGCGAGGCCAAACACUGCUUGUUAGUCGGUUUCAAGAUGACGGGACCAGGAGUUGGUAAGUUGUUGUUGGCAACCGAAUGCAUUGAAUAUUGAACACAUUGUUAUGCCUGGCUAUUUCACUUGCUCCGGUCUCAUUUGCACGCACUUACGCACUGGGUGUAAUCGACCAUUGCCGUCCACGAUGAUCACCUCUGGUUGCGGAACGUCUUGAGGGAUGCUGUUGAGCAGCGUUCUAUACCACUUCGCUUCACGGAAAGACAGAAAUCCAGGGAUGUAAGGUUCCUCCAUUCGAUCUAUCCAGAUGGCUGAUCUCCAUACAACUUUUUGGGUAUGUGAAUCCCAUAAAACAAUGGCUGCAGCAGCCUCCUCUGAGGAUUUUUUGAACGAAAUGUCAAGACCGGCAAUGAUGCGACACUCGUUCACCACACUCUCUUGAACGUCCCCGUCUUCCUCAACUAAGCGUUCCAGCCGGAUUUGCUCUGAACACCAAGUUUGUUGUUUAGCUGUUAAAGCAGCUGCAGUUGCGUGGUCGGAACACCGUUCGUUGUCCUUUUCCUCUACUGCCAUGAAAGCACAAAGUGUUGUCUUUUUCCUCUGCUUCCAAUGUGUGUAGAGUGAAUCUUCCUUGGUUCUGCCGUUGUGUUGGUGUAGUGUUUUUCCGUCUGUCUCUUUCUAUUCAAUCUGUAAAGUCAUAGUUACUUUUACUAGUUUUUAUGCUGAAUACGUCGAGGACAGCUAUUAGACUGUCCUUGCACGACGAAUUUUAUUGUUUUAAUGCGUAAAAUUUUGAGACAGGCGAGAGCGCACGCAAGCACAUUUUCACGCACACACGCACACAUGCACAAACUCUAUUCUCGGUAUCUCUUCUUCAUCUGCUCAUUUCUCGGUUCGGACUCGGUUCUCGGUUUUCUGUUUUCGUUUUCAUCAUUAAUUUUAUUUUUUUGCGUGGCCGGGUGGCCCCCACAUAUGGUGGUAGUGUUUGUUACUCUUCGUAUGCUUGGUGUAGUGUUUGUGUAACCUGAUUGCUACUUGAUUGUUACCUCGGCGUUACUUUUGUCACCCCUCUGCAUCUCCGUAAGUCACGAAUACUCAGCAUCAAAA